AUGAUCUGUGCAGGCUGUACUAUUCUAGAUACUAUUACCCACCAUCUAUAUGCAUCCUCCUGUAGCAGUGACAGAGCACACUGCAACUACUACUCUGGGGUGCACUGCAACUGCUGCAAUACCCUCUCUGUCCUCUCCAGCCAAUACUUUGCUGCGACUGGAUCAUCAUUUCUCUUACCUCUGAAGUUAACUGCCCCAUACUUCCGCAGUCUCUCUAGUGGAGAUCAGUGUACAAGUUGCAGCUGUGGGGGUGGAGGUGGCUGUACAGGUGGUGGUGGUGGCGGCUGUGGCUAUAGAGGUGGAGGUGGCUGUGGCUGA